AUGAGAGAAAAUAAUACACCUGAGGAGCAUGAGGAACGCCUUGCUCAUAAUCAUCAACGAAAGCGUCAAAAGCUAGCAGUAGAAACUGUCGAUGAACAUGAAACAUGUCUAGCUCGAAUACAAGAUCGAUAUAGUUAUAAAACUCCAGCUCAAAAUACAUCAAUUAUACAUGAGAAGUAUACUUCGGAGGAUGCUAACAUCCAAUAUGCUAAAUCUCUUCUUUACAUGGCACCU